CAUCUUUCCUAUCGUUGUGCUCGGUUAUAUCGAUAACGAAUUAUCUUUAGAAUCCCCCGCUUCGUAAGGGGUCGUAUUACACAGUAGAUUUUGCUUGCUAAGCGACCUACCCUUGGAUUGCCUCGAGAUAGGUAAUAGACAGAGAUAUUAUACAUACCUUAGGUGCCUAGCUUCGUAUUCGUACCCUGUAAAGGGUCAUACGAAGCGCCAAGACUUAAGAUCUUGAAUAAAUAAUAGUUUAAAAGAUCUCAGCUAACCGCGGGGUAGUAUUUUCACCUGCUCAGUUAAUGUCAGUAAGAUCGUGAGAAGGAAGUACGGUGAAAUGGAUGCCACGGGAAAGCAAAUACUGUAUACCGCGAUCGCGACGCUUCUCGUGAUUGGCAUCGCUUGGAUAUGGAAACUCAACAGCGCGUUGAAACAGACACCACCGGAAGUAUUAGCUGUCUCCCCACACCGCUGGACAGAGCAAGAGAUCAAAGAUACAUAUCGACGCAUUGAGGCCAACCCAAUCGACUGGGUUAAACAACUCCCGCCGCGGCUAAACCGUCGCUACAUUGUGACGGGCGGUUGCGGGGGAGUCGGCGGUCAGAUCGUCCUACACCUACUUGCCCGCGGCCAAUCCCCGGAGAGCAUCCGAAUCGUCGAUUUCCAAAAGCCGGUCCGAUCUGAUCUAAUAACGGGCUCUGCCGCUCUAGUUGACUUCGCGCAAGCUGACAUCACAUCGCCACCGGCAACAUCUGCGGCAUUUAAUAAGCCAUGGCCCAAGAGCGUUGCCCAUCUUCCGCUUACUGUCUUCCACACGGCUGCUAUCAUCCAAGCGUCGGAACGCUCCCUGAAAACUUAUGAGCACGUAAAGCGUGUCAACGUCGACGGUGUGCAAAAUGUCUUAGAUGCGUCGAAGCAAGCUGGCGCUGACGUCUUCGUGUCCACGUCUUCCGCCUCGGUCGCUUAUAUGCCCGUCAGAUAUUGGAAUAAUCCGUUUCAGCGCUGGCCUGAGAACUAUUGGCAAGUACUUGACGAUUCUGAUUUUGACCGACCGUUGCGACCGCACGCGCAAUUCUUCAGCAACUACGCGUAUGCAAAGGCGACCGGCGAACGCCUUAUCUCCGAAGCCAAUAACCCUAGUUUCCGCACGGGACUCGUGCGCCCCGGGAACGGCAUCUAUGGUAGCAGUCACGGCGACCAGAUAAUUGGGCUAUGUUUGAGGGCUGGUACGUUCCCGAGUUGGACGAGGAAUAUCAUUCAGAACUUCGCGCACGCCGGAAAUGUGUCAUUGGCGCAUUUGCUUUUUGAGGCAGCGCUAUUGAGAGAUGAGAAGAUAAUGCCUAAGUGCGCCGGCCGCGCGUUUACCGUUACGGACGCUGGACCACCGCCCAUAUAUGACGAUGUCUACAAGUUACUACGAAUCACGGCCACGGCCAACACGGCGCCUAUCAAGGUUAUGUAUCUGCAACCCGGAAUUAUGUUAUGUCUCGCACAUAUCAUUGAGUGGUUUGACCUAGCAAGUCGAACACCGGUACUCGAAUGGAUAGUACCGCGGCCUAAGGGCGAACUAGCAAAGUUGCAGCCGGCCAUUUUCACCCCCUGCUCGCAUCUGUUAGCAUCAAACGAGGGUGCGGGACGAAGCAUCGACGAGGGUGGCAUCGGGUACCGACCUGUUCAUAACACAAUAGAAGGAGUUUGUCAACAAGUUUUAGAGUGGAAUAUUGAGCAUCAGGACUCAGCGAAACAAGGACCUCAAAGCAGCGCAGAGACUUUUGUAAAGGAGAUCAAAAACGUAGGCGUUAUGCCUACUGCUAUGGGUGCUUGAGCGUAAAGCUAUGUUAUUACACCACCUACUAAGCAGUUUUUCAUGAUUUUCUAUAUAUCUUCUAUAAAACAUUAAAACCCCUUCAUUUUCAAAGCUCCGCGCAGAAGGACUCAUCUAAGCAUAUGGAUACUACCGAUCUAUAAACUGUCCACUAUUGAUGAUAAUACAUCGUUCUGGUGAAAUUACACUAUAGUUAUGUUCGAACAACUGGCAUGUUUU